AUGGCACCGCGACAAGACAGCCCGUUCCGCUCGGCGGACAUGAGCAUGGUGCAGCUCUACGUCUCCAAUGAAAUUGGUCGCGAAGUUGUAACUGCUCUUGGCGAGCUGGGACUCUGCCAGUUCCGCGAUCUCAAUGAAGAUGUCAGCGCUUUCCAGCGCACGUUUACCCAGGAAAUCCGACGCCUCGACAACGUUGAGCGCCAACUACGCUACUUCUAUACACAGAUGGAGAAGGCAGGAAUCUCUCUCAGAAAGCUGGACCUCGAUGUUGAGCGCCUUUCGACCCCAUCCACGUCCGAAAUCGAUGAACUCUCCGAGCGCAGCCAGAAGCUCGAACAGCGCAUUUCUGCUCUGAACGACAGCUACGAGACACUCAAGAAGCGAGAGGGCGACCUCACAGAGUGGCGAUGGGUUCUUCGUGAGGCUGGUAGCUUUUUCGACCGUGCUCACGGCAACGUGGAGGAAAUUCGCGCCUCGACGGACGAUGACGAUGCACCCCUGCUCUCCGACGUCGAGCACAACCACUCCGCCCCCGAUGCCGAGCGAUCCUUCUCCGGGAUGAACAUUGGCUUUGUUGCCGGUGUUAUCAACCGCGAUCGCAUCGGCGCCUUUGAGCGUAUUCUCUGGCGAACGCUUCGUGGUAACUUGUACAUGAACCAGUCCGAGAUUCCCGAGCCGCUCAUCGACCCUACCAACAACGAGGCCAUCAACAAGAAUGUCUUCGUCAUCUUUGCUCACGGAAGGGAGAUUCUUGCCAAGAUUCGCAAGAUCUCCGAGUCAAUGGGCGCUGAUGUUUACAGUGUCGACGAGAACAGCGAUCUCCGCCGCGACCAGAUCAAUGAAGUCAACAACCGACUUCAGGAUGUCCAGAACGUGCUCCGAAACACCCAGGCCACUCUGGAGGCUGAGCUGAACCAGAUCUCCCAGUCGCUCUCCGCUUGGAUGGUCCUGGUCACCAAGGAGAAGGCUGUGUACAACACUCUUAACCUGUUCUCUUACGACCGCGCUCGUCGCACUUUGAUCGCCGAGGGUUGGUGUCCAACCAACGAUCUUCCCCUUAUCCGAUCCACCCUUCAAGAUGUCACCAACCGAGCUGGCCUCUCUGUGCCCUCUAUCAUCAAUGAGAUCCGCACCAACAAGAAGCCACCCACUUACCUCAAGACCAACAAGUUCACCGAGGGUUUCCAGACAAUUGUCAACGCCUACGGAACUGCCACCUACCAGGAAGUGAACCCAGCGAUGCCCGUUAUUGUUACCUUCCCUUUCCUCUUCGCCGUCAUGUUUGGUGAUUUCGGCCACGCCGUCAUCAUGCUUGCCGCUGCGCUUGCCAUGAUCUACUGGGAGCGAUCUCUGAAGAAGGUCACUUUCGAAUUGUUCGCCAUGAUCUUCUACGGUCGAUAUAUCGCACUCGUCAUGGCUGUCUUCUCCAUCUUUACUGGUUUGAUCUACAACGAUGUUUUCUCCAAGUCCAUGACUGUUUUCCCCUCAGCUUGGGAGUUCAAGAAGCCCGCUGGCUUCAAGGACCACGACACUGUUACUGCCACCCUCAAUGACCACGGAUACCGAUACCCAUUCGGUCUGGAUUGGGCAUGGCACGGUACUGACAAUGAUCUUCUCUUCAGCAACAGUUACAAGAUGAAGAUGAGUAUCAUUCUGGGUUGGGCUCACAUGACUUACUCUCUCUGCUUCUCGUACAUCAACGCAAGACACUUCAAGAGGCCUAUUGACAUUUGGGGCAACUUUGUCCCAGGAAUGAUCUUCUUCCAGUCAAUUUUCGGCUACCUUGUUAUUUGCAUUAUUUACAAGUGGUCCGUCGAUUGGCAGGCCAAGGGUGCCGAGCCUCCCGGUCUGUUGAACAUGCUCAUCUACAUGUUCUUGCAGCCUGGUUUCAUCGACAAGCCCCUCUACCCCGGCCAGUCUGCUGUGCAGAAGGCUUUGCUUCUCCUGGCAGUCAUCCAGGUUCCUAUUUUGUUGUUCCUUAAGCCUUACUACCUCCGCUGGGAGCACAACCGUGCCCGUGGGAAGGGUUACCGCGGCAUCGGCGAGACCGCUCAUGUCAGCGCUCUGGACGGCGACGAUGAGACCCGACCCAACGGCAACAGCCUCGAUGAAAACGACGGUGUAGCCAUGAUUUCCCAGAAUAUUGAUGAAGAGCACGAGGAGUUCGAGUUCAGUGAGGUGAUGAUUCACCAAGUUAUUCACACUAUCGAAUUCUGCCUGAACUGCGUUUCUCACACUGCCUCGUACCUCCGUCUCUGGGCUUUGUCCCUUGCUCAUCAGCAGCUCAGUGUUGUGCUGUGGAACAUGACACUUGGCAAUGCUCUGGCCACCACUGGCCCAUUGGGUGUGAUUAUGAUUGUCAUCUGUUUCUACAUGUGGUUCUUCCUCACCAUUGCCAUUCUGGUGUGUAUGGAGGGUACCAGUGCCAUGUUGCACUCUCUUCGUCUGGCUUGGGUCGAAUCCUUCUCCAAGUUUGCCGAAUUCAACGGCUGGCCUUUCCAGCCAUUUUCUUUCAAGAGUAUGUUGGAAGAGUCUGAGGACUUGACCGAGUACUUGGAGCGGGGCUGUGACUUCGACUGCUCGCUCCACGACCGCCCUGACUCUGUCGGCAAACACCUUGUUACUGCUUUCCACCUCGAGGUCCUCCAGCCAGACCGUAGCCACCAGCUUGUCCACCGUGAUCUUGACCCCGGGAACGGGGAUGCCGAUCUUGUGCAGUCGCUCAAUCUCCUUCUUCUGCCUGUCCUCCGUAUCGCUGCCCUCGUCCAUCGCAUCCUCGGUCGCCUCCUCGGCGGCGAGCUUGGGCGUCUCGACGGGCGCGACGUUGUCGGCGCCGAACUGGGCCUCGAGGAACCAGAACAUGCGCUCCAGCCGCUCGGCGGGCGAGGCGGUCGUGUGCGGGUUCAUCGCGCCGGCAGGGAUGGUGUCGUCGUGAGAAUGGGGGUUCUUGGAGGCGGAGCGCUUGACGGCGGCCGGGGACGACUCGACGGAGAAGAGGACGGCCAUGACGGCGUCGGCGAAGCCGUCAUUGAGGGUGUUGCCCUCCCACUCGAGCUCGACCUCGCCGUUGGAGCGGUAGCGGACGGCGACGCAGCCCAUGACCAGGUAGGCGGCCACGAGGUGCGAGACCUCCUCGUCGGCCUUUUCGGCUUCUUCGUCGUUGUUGCCGUUGGGCUGGGCGUUGCGCAUCUCGGGGAGCUCCUCGAUGGUGCCGAAGGUGCCCUCCAGCGCCCACUUGACGAGGUCGAUGCCGGCGGCGCUGAGGGUCAGGCGCUGCUUGCAGGUGAUUGUGGUCGUGUUGAGGCCGGCGUACUCUCGCAGGUCCUCGGGGGCCAUGAGGGACAGCUUGAAGUCGUUCUGGACCAGGACGCCCGACACGAGGGGGAACUUGUCGAGGUCCGUGAUGGAGGCGUCGCUGGCGGUGUCGGCGGAUGGCGGGGGGAUGGCGGCCAGCUUGCCGACGACUUUGGCGGUCUUGUCUGA